AUGGGAAAAACGAGUAUUAUUUUGGGGCGCACAAGACCUCGACCACCAAGUCGGUCGAAUGUACGUUUCAUUUAGUGCUGAGCAGUCGCGUUGAACGUUUGUGUUUUAUCUGCUUCUCGACGCUACGGUGGUGUGUAUCUAACAUUUACAUACACUACACAAUUACUAGGCAUCCAAAGAAUAUCGCUCUCUCUCGAGUAGUAGCAGUGAAAGAGUGGAGUGCUUCAGUUUAUACGGAACGUUGUGAAUACAACGUUUUGAUUAUUACUUACUAGUGCGCGCGCUUUACUGGAUAUAAGAGAAUUCAAAAUAUAAUCAUACAUUUGGCAGACAUUGCCAUUAUCUGGCAUACGUACGAGUAUUUACACAGAUACAAAAAUACAUAGAUGUUACUUGCAUCGUGCAAGUGAUUCUUGAAAAAAUAUCACAAACAGAGGUCAGGGAACCGAACCAUUUCAGUAUACGGUAUACAAAUAUUUAAUACGAUACCACAGACGCUUCACGUAGGGGCUGUCAGCCGGAUAUAGAUUUCCCCCAACCUGAAAUUCGCAUACGUACGAAUAUUUAACGGAUAAUAAUCGCUGGGAUUGUGUUCAUGUGGGUCGUGCCCAAGGAAAGAGAGCUGAGAGACAGUUGAGCAUUGGAUGCGCGCCAGUUGAAACGAAAUAGACGCAAGACGGGGUCUUGAGAAUUGUGCUUGUAUGCGUGCAAGAACAGCUGUUCCGUAACGGUCUUCAGAAAUCGCACAAAACAAAAAUCUGCCCACAAACAAUUUAUUUUUUUCCCGACAAAUAAGUAGCAGAAAAUCAUUAUGCCGACCAUACGACGUUGCUGUAUUGUAGGAUGUCUUUCCAAUUCCAGUCAGAGUCCACAAUUGCAGUUCUUCCAAUUUCCUCGACCGGAAAACCCAUUUUAUAACCUUUGGAAGCAGGCGUGCCAUGCCUCGCUGAGUCGCAUACUGCCUUUCAAAAAACCAGUUGUGUGCGCGCUCCACUUUCAUCCUAAUCUCAUUGGUGGACGACGACUGACAGCUUCAGCUGUACCAUCUCAGCGCCUGGAAGUGCCAAACGACCUGAAAGCCGUUGAACGACAAGCCAUGGUAGAAGAAAUCGAGCAAAGCCGCAAGUGCGCAUACAUCAAUGCCGUUGUAUAUGAAUGGUUGGUGCGUGCCAAUCUAAAUCCACAGCUACGAGGUUCUAUAACGCACGGCAUGAUUAAGGACAAGGCUGCUUCAGCGGGACAACUUAUCGGUUCUACUUCGUUUGUGGCUGAUAAUCGUUGGCUUAAUAGGUUCCGCGAGACACAUUUAACUGGAUUUGCACAAAAAUUGGCCAGCAAUCAAUUGAAGCCGCUUGGUGUGUCACUGUGGAUUCCAGAUAUUGUACAAGAUCUGCAACAUCUAUUCCCCCCAACGAGCGCUGAACGCGUUGAUAAAUUGGAAAGUUUACCUGAACAAUAUAUGGACUACAUGAAACAAUAUGGGGAAUAUGAUGAGGAUGAUGAAGAUUCUCAGGGUAAUUCAGUGAAGGAUCAACAGCAAAAUCACUCGGGAUAUGACGCUUACGGUCAGACACAACAGAGCUUCAAUGGUAGUUAUAAAAGUUAUGAAGGAUACUACGACCGACAAAAUCAACAUAGCAAUUAUAGCUCGCCACAACCACAACGUCCUGCAUCGCACUCGCCCCCACAGCAACAAGUACCAAAAUUAGAAUCACCAGUGCAUCGCUCGAGCCCAGUACUACCGGCGCCUCCAAAGCGAGCGCGCGUAGAUGAGGACGACGUUACCGAAAUAACAAAUGGUCACAAUGUAACAGACUUAACGAGUGAUUGCGAUGUUAACGAUUGCGAUGUAAAACCAAUCAAACUGAUGAAUGGCAGUAACACACCAAAUGGCACGAAUUAUCACACACCAGCUCCUUCGCCGAAACCUACAGUGAAUGGCAAUACAAAUGGUACAAAUGGUAUUAGCAAAAGUGUGGAAACUGAUUUGACAUCCUAUGCACAAGCACUUGAAUACCUAAAGCCGUUGGAGGACUUUGCCCUUUCAAUGGAGAAUUUCCGCGCAAUAGGAUUAAUCUCACAAUUGGAUAUUGUAUUGCGUAAGGGUGAAAACAAACAACUGGCUAUGAACCAGUAAUGAGCUAAUUUCUGCUGUAGUAGAACUAAAAGCUAUUUACUUACACUUUGAUGUGAUUUAGUUUUUGUAAAUAAUU